AUGAAGCCCUUUUCGUCUGGGACGCGUCUAAGGGACAUUAUUAGGGCAAUACGAGCCUGCAAAACUGCUGCAGAAGAGCAUGCUGCUGUUAGAAAAGAAUGUGCUUCUUCACUCUUAUCUUUCCUGUAUCUUGUGUUCAAGCAACAUGAAAUGGCUCGUGAUCUUGCACCUGAAGUUGAAAGAUUGCUGCAAUUUCGAGAUCCAAAUAUUCAAAAGAAAGCAACAUUGUGCUCAAUAAGGAUUGUAAAGAAGGUCCCUAACCUUGCAGAAAAUCUUGUCAACCCUGUUGUUUCCUUACUUAAAGAAAAACAUCAUGGGGUUCUUUUAAUAGCAAUCCAGCUCUGUACAGAUCUCUGUAACCUUAAUGAAGAGGCUCUUGAAAUUUUCAGGAAGAAAUGCACAGAGGUGUUGGUGAAAGUUUUGAAGGAUGUUGUCAACAACCCAUAUGCUCCUGAAUAUGAUGUUUCAGGUGGCAACAAAAACUGAGUCAAACAAGAAUGCAGGGAAUGCAAUACUUUAUGAAUGUGUAGAAACCAUUAUGAGCAUUGAAGAUAGCAGUGGU